UCAUACAGAUAUUAUUCAUGAUAACUUGUUCUUAGUAAAUUGAGUGUUGACCAAAUGCCAGUUCAGACCAACCAAUUGACUGGUACUGAGAUCACUUUAACCUGGCACUGUGUCCAGUAUGCACUUGUUGAGAAAAGUACAAACAACUGGCUAAAGGCUGACUGGCAGCUGAUACUCAAUGCUCCUAUUCGACUGCAGCAGCAGAAGGUUCUACUGACAAAGAGGAUGAUGUGGCGACUACGCCGUCGCUCCCGGACAAUCUGUUUGUCCUUGGCGCUUUUCUCCAUUGUCCUGCACCUCCUGCUGGCGCUUGCCUCACUUUCCUUGUACCGCCAGCCCUGUGACCUCCUGCUGGCCCCAGGGCCACGUGUCUCACAACACCUGCUCAACAAAAGCGGCGACUCUAUGGUUAUCGACCAUCCAACCAAGUUACCAGCUGAUACCAAGGACCGUGUUGGAAUGCUUCGUGACAAACUCCUGUCAGCUCAAGGUGGAGGUAUUACACCAGUGAAAGAGGCCCUUGUUGAACCAGUGGCGGCUGGCCUGUCGAAACUAGCGGCGCUGUUUGACCAUCCCCUUUACAAUGUUCCCAUCUCGGCCAUACCUGAAGAUGACUGGCUGUUGAAAGUCAAACCAAAGAUGAAGUCUGAAAGGAGCUCUCAGAUAUGGGUAAGUGCGAGUGAAGAAGGCUACGACGUCCACUGGAACAGCAGCAGCAACAGCCACCCCCCCUGGCUGCGCUUUCACCUGGGCAUCUCCCGCUGGCAACUCUACCCCCAUCAGGACCCCAACAUGGACUCUGUGAUCCAACAGCUCGCCACUCACCACAUCGUUAGUGCAGUGCAGAAGAGUGGAGGUACACAGCUGAAGCUGGUGAUGUCAUUCCCAAACUAUGGGCAGGCCAUGUUCAAACCCAUGAAGCAGCAGAGAGAUGAGGAAACCGAUUACAACCUCUACUACUUCUCUGACUUUGAGCGACACAAUGCUGAAAUUGCAGCCUUUCACUUGGACAGGAUUUUAGGUUACAGAAGAGUUCCUCCUGUUGUCGGGAGGCAAGUGGAUGUGGUCAAAGAGAUCAAAGACAUCACAACUGAUCACAAGCUGGCCCGGACGUUUUUUAACUCCCCCGUGGGGAACGUGUGCUUCUACGGCCAGUGCUCUUACUACUGUUCAACAGAGCACGCCAUAUGUGGCCGGCCAAGGAACCUGGAGGCCUCCUUGGCCCUUAUGUUGCCCGACCUCUCCCUGGCCACCCGGAGGAGCUGGAGGUCCCCCUGGCGACGCUCCUACAGCCGCAGCAAGCUGGCAAAAUGGGAGACAGAACCAGAUUAUUGUUCCACCAUUAAAAAAACACCACCGUACAACAAGGGCAGCAGACUGGUGGAUUUCAUGGAUAUGGUCAUACUGGACUUCCUCAUGAGUAAGUUCAUAAUUAAAAUGAUUAUUUUUAAAACUAUACAGUAUUGAGAAUAAAAAAAGAAGGAUAUACAUGUUUGGUACCCAGAGGUCCCCCUAAGGUUGACA